AUGUUUGUAGUAAGGUUUAAAAACCUGCAUAGUAAUGCUGAUAGGUCUUUGCUUUUCCGAGGAAUCCAGAGGAAAUAUGCCACUCCUCAAAGAGUGGCCUUUACUUCAUUGUCGCGGGACGUCUCUGGGAAAAUAGAUGUAUCUUACUCUAAUAAUUAUUUUUUAAGCCUCUUUUCACUACACGAAAGGGAAAAGUUGAAGGAAUAUCAACCUAUUCCCUGGAAUCACCGCCAAGACCCCGGAAGUAGAGCAUUUAUCCAUACAAGUCGCAGUUUUUUGGAUAAGGCACAAAAAAACAAUACUGAUAAUGUGGAUUCCACAAAGUAUUCAGCAAAAGAUAGCGAAUUUGAUGCAGAAAAGGCUGAGGAAACAUCUAGCAAUCUAGAAUCGGACAAAGAAAGUACAAAUAAUGACGCUAGUGAUAAGCCUAAGUGGAUAUUUAGCCCUUUUGGAAUCUUCGGAUGUGCAGGGCUCUUCUUCACAGGGUGCGGACUCUCCUACCUGUUAGAUGAGGGACGUUCUCACAGUGAUCCAUCUGCAUUCUAUGACAAGGAUGAAAAGCUAACCAUGCAAAAUGCUUUUAGGAAAAUUAAAGUAGCAAUGCAGGAUUAUGCAGUUCACAUUCUAAAUCCAAAGAAUGAACCCCUGCUCCCGGACUAUAAGGAUCUAAACUAUCCACCAAAUUUGCCAACAUUAGUAAUAGACAUGGAUAAAGUGGUAGCUAAAAUAGAAUAUGAUCGUAAAAAUGGAUGGAGAGUGAAAAAAAGACCGUAUGCGGAUCAAUUCUUUAGGGAACUUGUCAAUUACUUUGAAAUUGUGAUUUGGUCCGAUGACUCAUAUCCCGUGGCUACGGACAUAGCUUCUCGUUGGGGACUUCCCGUUAUAGGUUGCAUUCACAGAAACCACUGUAAAAAGUUCAAGGGAAACUAUAUAAAGGAUUUGUCAAGGCUUGGCAGGGAUUUAAAAAGAGUUAUAUUGGUGGAUCAUGAUAGAGUCGCAUGCAUGCUACAAGAAAAAAAUGCAAUAUUGAUAAAGGAAUAUAACGGUGACGAAAAUGACAUGGAACUUUACUACCUGAUAAAUCUCUUAAAGACAAUCGCAAUAAACCCACAAGAUGUUACGGUGCAAAUCAAAAACUUGGGUGGAGGACUUGACUACGAGCUCGGCAGGCGAUUCUCCGAACAACUUGCAAUUACACAAGAAAAGGCAAAAAAUAGGAUGAAUAUCUCCAAGAAGUUUGGUUUUAAACACUUUUAA